UAAAAAAAAAAAGAAGAAAAAUUAUUAAAUUCUAAAGUCCCAAAAAUAUCAAUUUUGUCGCGAGUGUGCUUUUAUUUAAUUAGAAGAAAAAAAUAAAACAUAAUUAAUCAUGUUGCUAAUAAAAUGUAAAUUCUAAAAUAUUAUUGAUUUUAACUCUUAAAAUAAAAAAAACCUGCCAAAAACUAUAAAAUUUAGAUCAUUUUGAAUCAGUUGAAAGUACAUUGAAUUUCGUAAGAUAAUUCAUAAUAUGGCCGAAAAAUGUAUUUCUUCAUCAAAUACUACAAACAAUGCUGACACUCAAGUAAUAAAAGCAAAAAAUUAUGUCAAAAAAAAAAAUAGAUUAGCUUCAUUAGAUUCAAAAACGAUAACACCUCCAACAAUAGGAAAAACUUCAGUAAAAUUAAAUUCGAAAAAUUUUUCCGAAUCAUCAACAUCAACUGAUGAACUUCUAGAUAUUAAUUCAACAAUAACGUAUGUAAAUCAAAAUAUUUCUAGUACUAAUUUUAAUAAAGUAUCAGACAAAGAAAAUAAUUCAGCACUUAUAAUUACAAAUAAAAAAUUACAUAAAAGUUUGUCAGAAAAGUCAUCAACUAUAGUUAGCAAAAAUAAUAUUCCUGAAAGUAUUGAAAGUAAAUUAAUUAAAACUGAUAAAUUGGAUAUCGAUAACAAUAAAAACAGUGAUUGUAUUUCAUCUGAUUCAAAUGAAGAUUUGGUUAUACCACUAGAUUGUGUUAGCGAACUUUGUAGUGAACCAAAUGAUUUGAACAGCGAAACUAGUAAUAAUAUGGGCAAUAUUAUAAGAUGUCACCAUCAUGAUAAUGUUAUAUUUUUGGAAACACCAGUAAUAGAUGAUAAUAAUGUUUGCUUAGUUGAUAAUCACAAUGAUUUUGAUUCAUCGAUCAAAUCUUCGGUAAAACCAAAAAGAUUAAGUGAAGAAUUUUUAUCAUCAGAUGAUAAUGAUGAUGGUAUCAUUGAUGAUUUAUCAGCUUCGUCUUCAUCUACUACUAAUAUAACUGCAACAACUACCGCCUCUAAAACCAAUCCAACAUCUAAAAAAGAAAAUAGUGUCAAUUCAUUAAAUCGUGUAAAAACUUUAAGUGAAAAGUCAAAUGAUACUUCAAUAGUAAUCCAAAAUGUAUUAAAAAGCAAUACUCUUAAACAAAAUAAUAGUGAUAAUACAAAUGAUAAUAUUCAAAAAAUAAAUUCAAAACGGGUUUAUAGUAUGGAAGAUGAAAGUACAUCUUCUAGUAACAUAAUUGAUGUAAAAGAAGAAUCUCAUUUAAUUCUAGAACGUGAAGAUGAUGACGAUGAUGAAGUGAUCGAUGGUGAUAGAGAAGAUGUAUAUGAAGAAGAAAUUGAGGAUGAUGAUGCACCAACUUCGUCAUCUCUAUGUGAUGCUAAUAGUCUUGCCGGAAUUCAUGAUGGAAACGAAAAUGAUGGUGUUAACGGAAUAAAUAGUGGAACGCUUAGCUCUGAAUCCACUGUUUCUUUUUAUGACAAUGACGUGCAAUCAAUGGAUGCAAUUGAACGUAGAGAUUUUGAACACGAGCAACGUUUGACUGGUGGAAUAUUAAUGAGAAGCCAAUCUUUAAUUAAUAGUGAUAAUAAACUAAAUAUGGAAAUAAUAAAAUCUUAUCAUCCUCGCCAUGAUAGUAAAAGUAAAAAAGAAGAGAUUUCCAAAAGUAAUGAAAAUUUUAAGAAUUCAACGAUAUCAACCAAUGAACAUGUAACGACGCCAACAAGUAGUAGAAACUGUUCCUCUCGUGUAAAUAAAUCAAUUACAAAACUAAACUUAUCAAUGACUUUGGAAGGAAUCAAUAAGAAACAUGAAAAAAUUAUUGAAAUGGAUUCGUUACAAAAAUCUACAUUAAAAAAAUUGCAACCCAGUACGAGUAGAACACAUCAUAUAAUAAAUAUAUAUUCGUCUACAUCAGUACCAUCCUCUUCGACUAGUAUUAACGGUUGUAAUAGUACUAAUAAUCAAAAUCGUUUACAACUCGCCAAAAAAGUCGACUUAUGUUUAGCAAACUCAAAUUCAAAUGAUAGUCUUUCAUCAGAUAAGUCUUAUAGUACCUCAUCAAAUCAUUCCUUGCCAAAUUUUUCCAGCAAGAAACCAAAUCACAAUAUGUUCAAAGAUAAUACUGAAAAUAAUCCAAGCAAUAAUAAUAAAAACAAUUUCUCUAUAGUAGAACCUGUCGCUGGAACAAGUCGGGGACAGAAUGGUGCAUUAAGUUCUACGAAAUCUGACAGCGUGAAAGUAGAAAAGAAAGGAAGUGAUAAUAAUAGUAUCGAUGAUCUUGAUUCAGAAGGAACCUCAUCUUCGUCAGUGGCUAUAACCGCGUCUAAAAAUAGUAUACUGACUGAGAAAUGUCAAUAUUAUACGAAUGAAUCACUUUGCAAAGUAAAAAGUUUAAUAAAUGCGGAACACGAAAAUUAUGAAAUGUUAAAUAGUAAAUUUAAAGCUAGCAAUUACAAGUCAGUUAGAUUUAACAAAAGAAUAAAUAAACAAUCUUAUAACGAAAAAUUAAGCGAAACAAAUUCCCACAAUUCAGUUCUGCCUGUUGACAUCUUACAACCGGCUAACGAAAAUGACGAGCAAAUGGAUGAUAAUAACGAAAAUCUUCAAGAAGAAAUAUCGGAUCAUAAUAACUUUGAUGAAGGAAUAAUUGAGAAUGAUGACUUACUAAGUAAUGAACAGCAGCAUGAAAACGAUUUUGUCGAUGAUGAAACUUGGGUAGAUUGUGAAGAGGGCUCUGAUGAAGAAAUUUGUACAUGUUAUAAUAAUAACAAUAACAACGAGGAAGAUGAUUUACCUUCAAAAGAUGUUGACCUAUCUAGUUACAUACAAAUGGUAUCGUUAUCAGAAGAUAUGUUCUUUCCAGAAAAUGCAACAAUGCCGACUGAAUUUUCUAACUCCGCACAACAUCAACGUAAACGAAAACACAAUGAUAGUAUAUUGAAUAAUACUUGCACUGUUACCAAUUCUGAAUCACCUGAUAGCGCUUUUAAUGAAGUUGGAAGUGGAAGGAAAAGAAUGGCUCUUGAUUAUACAUCUACACCACGUACCUCUAACAUUAAUAAUUAUUUUUCCAGUCCAUCUUCAAUAACGACUUCAGUCACACCCAUAGUUUUAGGCUCAGAAAUUCGUCGUACACCCCGCUCUAUUAUACCAACAAAAGAUAAUCCACCACCUGAGUUGCAUGACUGGCUAGCGCAAUUUCAAAGAUGGUCUCAUGCUGAACGUUUAUUAGCGCUUGAUCGACUAAUAGAACAUUGCGAGCCACAACAAGUUCGUCAUAUGAUGAAAGUAAUUGAGCCACAAUUUCAACGCGAUUUUAUAUCAUUAUUGCCGCGUGAGUUGGCCCUGCAAGUUCUUUCAUAUUUGGAACCUAAAGAUUUAUUGAGAGCUGCCCAAACAUGCCGAAGCUGGCGUUACUUAUGUGAUGACAAUCUUUUGUGGAAGGAAAAAUGUAAAGCUGCUCAAAUUACGACCGAACUCAAGCCAACUAAAAAUGGGAUACUAACGGGUGAAGCUCUUCCAAAACGUGGUAGAGCAGGUAAUAUGCCACCGAUAUCGUCACCGUGGAAGGCAGCAUAUAUGCGCCAGCACAUAAUUGAAAUGAAUUGGCGAACUCGUCCAAUAAGAGAUCCAAAAAUUUUGAAAGGCCACGAUGAUCAUGUCAUAACUUGUCUACAAUUCAGCGGGAAUCGUAUUGUUUCUGGAUCUGAUGACAAUACUUUAAAAGUUUGGUCAGCUGUAACUGGAAAGUGCCUUCGAACUUUAGUUGGUCAUACAGGAGGUGUAUGGUCAUCGCAAAUGUCUGGCAAUAUAAUAAUUUCAGGAAGUACAGAUCGUACAUUAAAAGUAUGGGAUAUGGAGACUGGACAGUGCAUUCAUACAUUGUUGGGUCAUACAUCCACAGUUCGCUGCAUGCAUUUGCAUGGGAAAAAAGUCGUAAGUGGAUCACGAGACGCUACAUUGCGUGUUUGGGACAUUGAACAGGGAUCAUGUUUACAUGUUUUAGUGGGGCAUUUAGCUGCUGUUCGGUGUGUGCAAUAUGAUGGCAAAUUGAUAGUAUCUGGAGCAUAUGAUUAUAUGGUAAAAAUAUGGCAUCCAGAAAGGCAAGAGUGCUUGCAUACUUUACAAGGGCAUACAAAUAGAGUAUAUUCGUUGCAGUUCGACGGUAUUCAUGUUGUUUCUGGUUCAUUAGACACAUCAAUUCGUGUUUGGGAUGCCGAGACUGGUAAUCCCAAACAUACUUUAAUGGGUCAUCAAAGUUUAACAUCCGGUAUGGAACUAAGACAAAAUAUUCUGGUUUCGGGAAACGCUGAUUCGACUGUGAAAGUUUGGGAUAUCACAACUGGACAAUGUCUUCAGACUUUGUCAGGUCCUAACAAGCAUCAAUCUGCAGUUACUUGUCUACAAUUUAAUUCGCGUUUUGUCAUAACCAGUUCAGAUGAUGGAACCGUAAAGUUAUGGGAUGUUAAAACUGGUGAAUUUAUUAGGAAUUUAGUAGCUUUAGAAUCUGGUGGAUCUGGCGGUGUUGUUUGGAGAAUUAGAGCAAAUGAUACAAAGCUGAUUUGUGCAGUCGGUUCACGAAAUGGAACAGAAGAAACAAAGCUUAUGGUUUUAGAUUUUGAUGUUGAGGGAGCCUGUGUUAAAUGCUCAUAAAUAGAAAUAAUAAAAUUAAUAUUCUAAUAAGUAAUAGAAAGGUAAAUAAAUAACUUCAAAAAGUAUAAAAAAAUUAAUUAUAAAUUAGAGACUUAAAAAAUUAUUUAUGUAAGACAUAAUUCGACGUAACCCAAAAAUAUAUACAAUUUAAAUACAUAUUCAAAAAGAUAAAAAAUGAUGUAUGUACAUACAUUUAUUUGAGAAACAUGUGAGGAUAAAAUAUGAGCUGUAAUAAACACAAUUGCGAAUUUGUCUUUAAUCAUGUUCAUUACUUAGUUUAUAAUAAUUUUAUUAUUAAAAUGUUGAGAGAUUUUUGAUUCUUUAGUUCUUUAUUCGAAAAUUAAAUUAACUAAUAUUUAGUAUUUCUGUUCAUAAAAGUGUGCAAAAAAUUUGAAGCUCAAUAGUUCUAUUACUAUAGUAGCUGUAAAGUUUCUGUGUUUAUCACAGCUCAUAAAUUCCGUAUUUUAUAUACAUACAUGUUAUGUAUGUAUGUAUAUAAUAAUUUCUUUUCUUAAUAUCAUACUCAAAUCAAUAUUUUUAAAAUAAUUAAAAAAAAACUCUUUAUUUUGAUUUUUU